UAUUAACACAACCUGUGCGCGCACAGUUGCCCUUCAGUCCAGCCUUCACGCGAGCGUUUCCUCGGCGUCUCCUGGAAUAACAGCAACGUGACUGUCAAAGACAAAUCACCCCGUUGUGCACCAUGGCUGCGAAGAUUUUGCCCGUUGUGAAACUGGCCACCAAGGUGACCGUUGGAGGAGGAGCUGUGUACGUCGCCUGGGACUCCGGGCUGCUGGGCAGCAGCGAGCAGGGCUCCGCCGCCCUGCAGAAGGCCCAGGCCGCCAUCCCCCCCGCCGUAGAGGAGUGGAUGAAGUACUUCGGCCUGGAGACCCAGCUUCCAACCAUACCUAAAGUUGAAUUCUCCCCGGUUCAGGCGUGGAACUCUGGGGUGCGGCAGUCAAUUUCAUCUCUUUCGGAGGCUCCGACAAACGCAACUAAAUACACAAAUCGGGGUUUGCAGUACCUGAAGGACCUCACCAAGUGAACAGCAGCGCUCAGGACCACCUGACAUUUACCAAUCUGUUUGAGUUUUGCACUUCAGAAAUGACAUUCUUCAAAAGUUGUUGUCCCUCCCCAAGAAAGAAGAAAAACACCCCAACAUGAAAGAAGAGUUGGACAAAAGGUUGUCUCUUGAAAGGCGCCUGGGGUUACAUAAGUGAUAUUGAUUGUGUUGUACAUAAUGCACGGAAGCUAAAUUUAUUUUGAAGAAAAAGUUCUUUAAUUUUGUGUAUACAACCACAUUUAAUUUUGCUCAGUCAUGUCUAAAAAACAGUAUUUGACUCCCUUUGAUCUCAAACCACCCGUGAAGCGAGUGCCUGUUGUGUAUAUUUAUAUGCAGUUUAUCACGUGUGACUGAAUAAUACAUCCGACUUUAAAACAC